UCCAGCAAUUCAUACAGACACAGAAAGGGCGAGGGAUUAUGCAGGCGGAGGAAUACACACGCAGAGGGAAGGAGAUGGUGGAUUAUAUCUGUCAGUACCUGACGGAGAUCAGACAGAGGCGUGUCCUCCCGGAUGUUCAACCCGGCUUCAUGAAGUCUCAGCUUCCUGAUAAAGCUCCUCAUGAGCCGGAGCCGUGGGACGCCAUCAUGCAGGACGUGGAGAACAUCAUCAUGCCCGGGGUUGUUCAUUGGCAGAGUCCCCACAUGCAUGCAUAUUUUCCUGCUCUGACCUCAUGGCCAUCACUGCUGGGAGACAUGCUGGCCGACGCCAUCAACUGCCUUGGCUUCACCUGGGCAUCGAGUCCUGCUUGUACAGAGUUGGAGAUGUGUGUGAUGGACUGGCUGUGUAAAGCGCUGGGGUUGCCAGAUCAUUUCCUGCACCAUCAUCCAGAGAGCCGUGGAGGGGGAAUACUGCAGAGUACAGUGAGUGAGUGCACACUGGUUGCCCUGCUUGCUUCCCGUAAAGACAAAAUCCUGCAGAUGAAGAGCAGAAACUCGCCCACAGACACACACACAGACACACACACCGAUGCCUUCAUUGACACACACACCGACACGGACGAGUCCACGCUGAACUCCACACUCAUCGCCUACGCCUCAGACCAGGCUCACUCCUCAGUGGAGAAGGCCGGGUUGAUCUCUCUGGUGAAGAUCAGGUUUCUGGAGACAGAUGAAAAGUUUUCGCUGCGUGGAGAAACCCUGCAGAGAGCCAUUCAAGAGGAUAGGAGGCGGGGCUUAGUGCCUGUCAUGCUGUGUGCUACGCUAGGCUCUACAGGUGUGUGUUCCUUUGACUGUCUGGAGGAGCUAGGACCCAUCUGUGCUCGUGAAGGUCUGUGGCUUCAUGUUGAUGCAGCGUACGCAGGCUCCGCCUUCCUCUGUCCUGAAUUACGUAACUUCCUGUCUGGGAUGGAAUACGCAGACUCGUUCGUCUUCAACCCGUCUAAAUGGAUGAUGGUGCACUUCGACUGCACAGCAUUCUGGGUGAAAGAUAAGCUUAAACUCCAGCAGACGUUCAGUGUUGAUCCUCUUUACCUGAGACAUGACAACUCCGGAGCUACAGACUUUAUGCACUGGCAGAUUCCUCUGAGUCGCCGUUUCCGCUCAUUAAAGUUGUGGUUUGUUCUUCGCUCCUUUGGCCUGAAGAACCUUCAGGCUCACAUUCGACACGGGAUCGAAAUGGCCAAACUGUUCGAGUCUCUGGUGAGGAGCGACUCAAACUUCCACAUUCCAGCAGAGAGACACCUGGGACUGGUCGUGUUUAGCAUGACUGGAGGAAAUGCUCUUACGCAGGAGCUCUUACGCAGAAUAACGCACUCCGGCAGCAUGUUUCUGAUUCCGGCUGCCGUCGGCUCCAAACUGAUCAUCCGCUUUACCGUGACGUCACAGUUCACACGCCCUGAAGACAUCCACCGUGACUGGAGCAUCAUCCAGCGCACAGCCAAUGAGAUCCUGCAGCCAGGUCGCUGGCCCCGCCCCCACGCGCUCUCACUGGAUGGCGAGAACGAAGAGGAAACUCUAUGGCAGGAACAGGAAGUGGAGACGCAGCAUGAGCCAUCCAUGAUCGACAAGCAUCUGGUACGUCAGAAUCAGAGGCGUGCCAUUCGCUCAAUGAGCUGCAGUGCAGAGCUCCCGCCAACCAGGCCUGACCACGCCCACAUUCUGAAGGAGGCCCCGCCCCUCGGAGUGUUGGCAAAGAUUCCAGAGAGCCCUGAGGGGCGGAGAACGGCGCAGAAGCGUCUGAUGAAGUUCCACAGUGUGCCGAGUAUACCGCAGGUUUGGGCUCAGUGCGCCAUUCAGCAGCUAUACUGGCCUUUCAGCAAGGCUAACUGCUUCAACUGCUUCACACACUCACACUCACACACACACUCGCACACACACUCACACACACACUCACCCGGCCCACUGCCCACCAAAUAACACACACUCACACUCCACUCACACACACACACACUCACCCGGCCCACUGCCCACCAAAUAACACACACUCACACUCCACUCACACACACACACUCACCUGGCCCACUGCCCACCAAAUAACACACACACAUUCACACUCCCUCACACUCACACUCACACACACACACACACACACACACUCACCCGGCCCACUGCCCAUUGCCCACCAAAUAACACACACACAUUCACACUCCCUCACACUCACACACACACACACACACACACACACACACUCACCCGGCCCACUGCCCAUUGCCCACCAAAUAACACACACACAUUCACACUCCCUCACACUCACACACACACUCGCACACGGCACACCAAAUAACACACACACAUACACACUCACACACUCACACGGCACACCAAAUAACACACACACAUACACACUCUCACAUACACACACACCUAGCCCACUUCCCACCAAAUAACACACACACACACACACACACACACACUCACCCAGUCCACUGCCCACCAAAUAACACACACACAUUCACACUCUCUCACACACACUCAUCCAGCCCACUGCCCACCAAAUAACACACACACAUUCACACUCUCUCACACACACUCAUCCAGCCCACUGCCCACCAAAUAACACACACAUACACACUCACACACACACACGGCCCACCAAAUAACACACACACUUGUACACUCUCACACACACACACACACACCCGGCCCACUGCCCACCAAAUAACACACACACACACCUUUUUCCUAACUACACUUCUUUAAUAUAUUUCCAUUUGUACCAGUUGCACCAACAGGGCUUCUGCCUUGUCAGCUACAUCACCUGUACUUUUAUCAAGAGGCAGGUAAAGUAACAUCGCUGACUGUUGGCAUGGCAACCAUUUAAAAAACCGUGUGUGUUUUUUUUACACAGUGUGUGAUCUGUUGUAUUUGCACUGAGCAAGUGUGUAGAUGG